UUGCUUCUCAGGUCAUUUGGUUUUGCGUCGAAGCCCCUGAAGGACCUUCAUACACACUGACGUUACACACAGCAGAGAAGGUGAAGGUAGGAGGAGGAGGUGGAGCAGCGAGGAGGGCAUACACUCGCUCACACACACACCAGAGGAGCUGCUCGUUCACUCAGCAUCCGACUGCAGAGCAGGUUCACUGCAGAUUUUCCAAACCUCAUUGACAUUCGUCUGGCACAUUUGUCCAUGGAUCCCAGACUGGACGCGUCAGCAGGGCCUCACGGGGUCAAGUGGUGGCGUCUCGUGGGCGUGUACGGCCUUCUGCUGGCCGUGGCCUCGUCCUGCACCCUGAGCAUGCCCGCCAUUCUGAGCGCUGAUUCCGGCGCGCCGGCACAACUGGGGGAGAUCGACGGUGCAUGCUGGGAUGCCUCGUCGCUCGCGGUCAUAGAGGCUCGUAAGCUACACCUACCCAACAGCGUGGAGGCCUUCUGGGACUUCAUGGCUUACCUGCACACGUCCCCGCAGCCGGGCCACCACAGCGCGUUCAUGAAGCUCGCGCAGCUCUUCUGGGAGCGCUAUGUGGACUGCGUGCUGUCACGUGCCCACGGACUGGGCAGGAGGGGGACUAUAAUAAUCAGUAGAGACUGAUUUAAUACCUGAUAAGUCCUGAUAGUAGAUGUCCUGGGGUCCUGGUGGGCGGUUCCGGUCCUGGACAGCUUAAAUAGAGCUAAUUAAAGAAGCCAGGACCUCGACAUCCCAUCCAGUGCUGUCUUCUCUGUUGUCCCAUGUUGUUCAGCUAACAGAUAGACUACUGUGUGUUUUAGAGUGUGUUCACUUCCUGUCUUAAUGAGGUUUUAAUGAGGUCAUUGUCAGAAGGACAAAUCAUUUUUUACAUCCCUACCCCUCCCCCUUAAUUUCAAUAAAUAAAACAACCUGACGGUGUAAUUUGCUUCUUUGCUCGCCACUGUUAUG